AUGGAGGAUGACCAGUCUGCCUUGUACCAACCGUAAGUAAAUACAAAUAUAAAUAAUCUCUUUAUCAAGUACUACACAUAAAUGUAUAAGUGAACAUGGAUGUAUUUUAUUGAUUCAUAUCUGCAUACCAAAUGUUUUCCAGACCAAUGACCCGGUCAUGGAACAAGAAACUGAGAAAGGCGAUGCAAAGCAGUGGUUUAUACCAAAAGCACCCUCUGGAUUGUGAUCUGCUGGCUGGAUUUGGCAAAUAUCUCCGUGACGACCACAACUUUCCCAAUUUCAAACAGGAGGUAUGUACAGCAAUUUUACUUAAUUUAACUAUUGAAAUAAUUAAAAUAAGAAUUACUACAUUCUAAAGUAGUUAUUAACUAUGUAACUAACAUUAUUUCAUUUUGAUGUACAGGUUGCAAAUGUGUCAAGGUUUUUGUUGUGCAUAGACUCCACCAAACCGUCACUGGAUUUUGUCCAUGACUUGGAAAAAAUCAGGUUAUUUUUUACCAAGCUUGCAAACAUUGGACAGAAUAAGCAAACCACUGCAAACUACAUGAAGAAUCUGAAGAGGUUUCUUCGCUACAACACCACUGCAACAAACCUCAUCCAGACAGACAGGGGCUUAUAUGAGCAAUGCAAGCAUUUCCAAGAGUGCCUGAAUGACAUCCAGAAGUCCAUGAGCAAGCAAGUGUCUCACGAUAUUACUGGGAAAAGGUAUAUAUUUAAAAUUGAUCUUCACAGAAAUGUAUGUUACAUUUUAAGUGUGUAUUAUUGACGUUCUGCAUAUCAUUAAUGUAUUAUUGUUUUUCUGCAGGUACACACAGAUGGUGACAGUCGCGAAGACACCAAAAAUAAUGUUUGGCAAUCUUGGAGGUGGCUAAGAAAGACUUUCUGGGUGUCAUUAGGAAGGCCAUGAGUGAAGAAUCCUUGGACGAAAAUGAACAACUGCUCAUUCUGUACUACCUGGAGUCUCUGCUCAUGCUGAAACAUCUCCAAAGGGCUGGAGUUGUAAAAAAUAUGACCGUAAGUUAACUAAUGUCAUACAUUUGCUAUAAUGUUGAAUCGUAUUUUCUUUUUUGGCAUAUGUUUUAUUGAUAUGUCACAUUUCCUAUUGUAGCUGAACGAAUGGCUCUCAAGGGAGUCGUGCAAGUUGCCAAAUGGUGAGAAAUGGACUGUCAUCGGUGUUAAGCAACACAAGACAGGGACACAGCAAGUGGCAACCGUUUCGUUAGACGAGGAGGAAGACGCAGUAAGUAUGUUUACCACAAUCUAGUUAUUGUGAAUGUGAUUGAUUUAAUACCAUCCUGGUAAAUAUGUAUUUUUUGUCUACAUUUUCAGUGGUUGGAUAUGUACUACCGACACGUUCAACCUGCUUGUCUUCAAAACUUUGAUGACGUGGAAGAAGAUGAGAGAUUCUUCAUUUCCACAACUGGAAGAGCCAUCUACAACCCUUCCAAUGACCUACAAAGGUUUCAUGCCAAGUAAGUACAACACUGUUAAGUAGAACACAGUUUUUUAUCAUUACACAAUACUUUUUUGACAGUACAGGUUUCUAAAAUCAAAACUGUUUUUUCUUGUUCUUUCAUCAGAUACCAACUCCCAACGUCACGAGCCAGGUAGCAAGACACAUUUUUGAGACAAAUAUCAAAGCCAGCUUCACAGACGCAGAGAAGGCACUUGUUGCUGACUACUUGGCCCAUACAACUGCUACAGCUGACAGGCACUAG